AUGUAUUCGACUGAACCAAUGAAUUUCGAUUUUACUCAUGACAAUAUUUGUCGAAUGAAUGUACUUGAAUAUUUGGCAAUCAAUAAUUGUCAUAUGAUGGACUUUUUGGAGCUGCUCAAACAUGUAGGUCCAAACGUCAAGCGAAUGAAAAUUGGAAUCAGCUAUGAACGCGAUCAGUAUCCGGAUUCAAUCGAUCCAAAUAUAAUUGAUGAUCUACUUAGUGGCGAUGAUGAACAUCCAAAAAUACCAGGUAGCUGA